AUGACAAAUGCUCACUACAAGCAGCCUCACGCGAAAGGCACCUGGGUGGAUCAUUGCAAUGAAAAGGAGGGAUCCGUGUUGCUUUGGCCUGCGGCAGGCCCUUCGCGGCAGGAGGCCUUCUGUAUCAGAUCGACUUCAGCCGGAAUCGGGAAAAUGCCUGAGACUCGCAGCGCCACGGGAGAAUCGCAAUCUCGCAUGGUCCCUCUUGUCCCGUGCGAGCAAUUGCCACGGUGUGACCGUGGUUCUGAGCGAGAGAAGGAGUUAGCUGAUUAA